UCAGAUUCUUUGUCACAAUUCAAUGUUUGGAUAAUUAUAUUCCCGUGUCGGGGCUUACACUUCCAUGAUCUUGGAAUCUAUGAACUACCCUCCAAAGCUCAUAGACAGGUGAAUCUGGAGUUGAUCACAGUCACGUACCCUCAUCGUUAUUGGUUCCAAAAAGCGAAUCCAGCAGAAUUUACAAUCAUGGGGAGCAAGGUUUGGGGGUGGAUGGUCAUCCAUUGGACUACACCCAUUUAUUUAGUGGGUUUUGUGGCAAAUGAUGAUUUUUAUUCUCAGAAAUUAGUUUUUGCGAGAACUACUCUCUAGCUAAGAACAUGAAUGUGUUGACCAAUCAAUGUGGCUCUAGGGAAAGCUUUAUUGAGAACCCGCUAUGGACAUAUUUAAUGAGAUUAGAUUCUACUGUACCCAUAAGAUAUCAUACAUUUGUCCAUAUGGACCAAUGAGAAUGUUGUAAUUGAAUUAUUUAAAUCUAAAUUAAAAAUGAC